GAUAAAAAAACAAAACCCAGCAGGCAUCAGCUGCUUUUACUGUCCUCUCGCAGAAACCUCCAGCUCAUUGCUCCUGCUUGUCAACUUUUCUUCUCGUUCUCUUUUCAUAUGUUCAAUGUAAAAGGAUUGAGAGAUAUGUGUAUUCCUCCCGAAGACUCUACCAUUUUCAUUCUUCAGCCAAAACCCUCAAAACCUACCUUAAUACUUCCCUUGUCUCAUGUCUCACAGGACCCUCGAUUCCCGCCACUCCAUAGACUCAUUUGCCUUCCAGCUCCACUCCUGGAGACCUUUCCACCUCCAGCCCCUAGACUCUGAUCCUCCUAAGCCUUACUCCACUAAUGCCCUCCGCUCCCACUCCCUCACUAAGCGCCCUUGUCUCUCUGAUCGCGCUACUUCAUUUCCAAUUGAUUCAAUCGACAUCUCUAAGCUCUCAAUCAUCGACGAUGACAGGCCGAUCGGUGUUGGGACAAGUCCUUAUAAGCAAGGUAGCUUACGGUUGAUCGCUCGCAAACGCAGGCGGAGCGGGUCUCGGUCUGUGUCUGGUCGGAGCUCCGAUCGGAGUGGAACUCGACGGUGUUGCUCAGUUGGAGCGUCUGCCGCUUAUGGGACCUGCUCGGAUUUCCCGUUAGCGGUGGGUACUGACUCUAGCGGCGAGCUUUUUGGGAAUGGGGACGCCAAUUGGACGUCGGAUGUGAGUGAAGCGAAGAAUUCAUCGAGGAGGGAGAGGGAAAGGGAGAGAGAGGAGAAAGAGAAUUUGGGUAUUGGUGUUGGGUUUGGGCAGUUUGGGAAUUUCGAUGCUCAAGGGAACGAGUCUGGAUAUGGAAGCGAGCCGGGAUAUAGGGGGGAUGCAGAGUUUGGGUAUGAGGAUGAGCUUGAUGAGGAGGAAGAAGACGCAAGGUUGCUGUUUUGGGGUGACCAAUUUGGAGGAGAUUCUAAGAUGGAGAUGGUUGGCGAGAACACAUUCAUGGAUCAGAAGGCUCAUUACAGAUGUCGUCGCAAGAAGCAUGAUUGCAGAAUGGUCGAUUCACUAAGAUAACUAUUCAUAACAAUGGGGUCCUUGUCAUCCAGUCACUUGUUUACUUUUAACUGAGGUUUUUUGGCCCAUGGAAGACGCCUUUUAUGCGGUGCUUACCUUUUACUUUCACUUCCCAAUCUUUGUGAGAUUGUUGCAGCUGGUUACCUCAGCAGGAUUAGAUCUGCUCUUGGUUUUGAUGCUGUUAUACAUUCUUGAAAGGCUUCUCGAUGUGCAGUACAUUGAAGAACAUUAUUAUUACUAUUAAUCUUGUUGCGCUGA